AUGAACAACUUUGAGACUGCAGCUCGGCCAGACUUUGCUUCAGUUGGGUCUGCACCUACCGGGUCUACUUUGAGCCAGAGGAUGGCUGUGCUUAAUCAAAAGUCUAUCUUGGAUAUGAUUAAAGAGUUCAGAAGGAAUUGGCACAUUCUUUGUGAGUCUGAGAGAACUACUGUUUGUGGUGCAGACUCCAUGCUCUUGGCAUUGCAGCUUUCCAUGGCAGAGAACAACAAACAGCACAAUGGAGAAUUUACAGUUUCUCUCAGUGAUGUCUUAUUGACCUGGAAAUUCUUCCUACAUGAGAAGUUGAACUUACCAGUUGAAAAUAUGGAAGUGAUUGACCAUUAUGAGGACAUUAGGAGGACUUACGAUGAUUUCUUAAAGAAUAGUAAUAUGUUAGAUCUGAUUGAUGUUUAUAAAAAAUGCAGUGCUUUGAUUUCUAGUUGUGAAAAUAAUGCCAACAUAUUCCCUAGUCAACUACGGGAUUUUCUGCUUGGGAGACAGUGUGCAGUAGCUGACGAAACUAAUCCUUAUGUACCAACGUCACCAAUGAGUAAACACAACCAGGAUAAUGAAAAGGUGCAGUUACUAGCAAGGAAAAUUAUCUACUCAUAUUUAAGCCUGUUAGUGAAUUCAAAGAAUGAUCUGGCUCUGGCUCAAAUUCUUAAUAUUCCUGAUAGAGGACUUGGACGAGAAGCCUUCACUGAUUUGAAACAUGCUGCUCAAGAGAAAAAGAUGUCUAUCUUUUUGGUGGCCACAUCAUUUAUUAGGACACUGGAGCUUGGAGGGAAAGGAUAUGCACCAUCACCAUCUGAUCCUUUAAGGACACAUGUAAAAGGAUUGUCUAAUUUUAUUAACUUCAUUGACAAAUUAGAUGAGAUUCUUGGAGAAAUACCAAAUCCAAGCAUUGCAGGGGGUCGGAUACUGUCAGUGAUAAAGAUGCAGCUGAUUAAAGGCCAGAACAGCAGGGAUCCUUUUUGUAAAGCAGUAGAGGACGUCUCUCAGGAUUUGGAUUUGAGGAUUAAAAAUAUUAUCAAUUCUCGACAAGGAGAUGUAGCACUUAGUACUGCUGACAUCAGUCCUGCACGACCAAAAUCUUAUGCCAUAAACCAUGGCACUGCAUACUGUGGCAGAGAUACUGUGAAAACUUUACUAUUUCUUUUGGAUGAGGAAGCAGCCAGUUUGCCUACCAAAAACAAAGCAGAGCUUUUAUAUGAUGAUGAAAACACAAUUCAUCAUAAUGGGAUUUCUAUUCUUACGCUUUUUAGAUCUCCCACACAAGUGAAUAAUUCAUCAGUGAAACCCCUAAGAGAACGCAUCCAUAAGUCAGUGCAAGAGAGAAAAACUAAGAUGAAGCAAACCUUAAUUAGAUCCCAGUUUGCUUGUACUUAUAAAGAUGACUGCACAAUAAGCAAGGAUAAAUGGAAUGAUGUUAAUUCAGCAUCAAAGCCUUUGUAUGUACUUCACAUGGAAAAUGACCUUUCUGAAGGUGUAAAUUCAUCUGUUGGAAGACCAACAAUUGGAACAAGUUCUCAAAAUGUUCAUCUGGACAGAAGUAAAAGUGAAAAAGUUGCAAGAAAAUCAAGUAGUCAGACAGAAAAUAAAAGCUCAAAAAGGAAACAGGUGGAUUUAGAUGAUGAAAAUAAUCGUUGUGAUAAUGGAAAUGAACCUUCUCAACAUAAAAAUGUUAAGAUACCUAAGACAUCAAACAAUUUUCAAAAUAAAUUGUGUGGCAAGAUAGCCAGAGUAGCAAAAAGCAACAGCUGUCUAGCCAAGGACAAAUUGAUUACUGGCCAGACAAAGUUAACUCAAUUUUUUAGACUAUGAAUUUAUUUUUUAUGUGCUUUAGAUUUCUGUAUAUAUUAAACCAUUCACCAAAAGCAUCCACUUAAUUUUUAAGAGAUCAAGGUAUAAGUUAUGAUUCUUUAUUAUAUUGGUCUGGAGUAUAUAUAAGGUUCAUAUGUUAAGUAUUUAAAAAAUACUAGCAAAUCAUAAUUAUGCAGAAUAUUCACAAAGUUUAAUUCACAGAUAAAGCAUAGCAUGUAAGUUACAGAUAUAUUUUAUUAACUGCUUUCUUUUAAAACAGGCAUUCAAAAUAAUACAAGUUAUAGUAACAAUAAAGGCUUUUUCCUGGAUAUACAAUUAAAUGAUUUUGUUUUCUUCAGAAAAGAUGAUGUGGUCCAACAGGUUUCAGACUUGCCAACAAGGUCGAUAGACUCUUCCCAGCAUGCACCUGAGCACUGAAGGAAUAAAAAAAGUUUAAAUUGUUUAAAGGACUAUUAUUAACACACAAAAUUUAUUAGAAAUAAGAGAAUGAAUCUUAUACAGCUAAUUCUGAAUAAGUCAAAAUUACAAUAACUCUUAAAUUCUUUUUAAUCCCCCAUCUUUGGCAGGGGCCUCUAAAUGUCAAGAGUAAUUGAACCAUGGUCUUACUUGAUUUUGUUAAGAUUGGAUCUAAAUCCACUUAAAUGCAGAAUUCUAUUUUAUGGUAUUAAGAUAUAAGAAUUGAAUUUUAAAAAGACUACUCACUGUCAAAAUCUCUCCUUCCUAUAGGAAAUUUAGCUGAGUUUUCUUCAUCCCCAAUUUCUCUCUUUUCUUGUGUUGAUUCAGUAUUCUGAGCUCCAUUCUCAGCUGGAAAUGCUACAGAUCCUUUUAGUGCAAGAUAAGGUUUUAAAGCCAGAUUCAGUGGCAGACCAUGAUUUAAGAAAUUAUGUUUGAAGCCUGUGUUCUGUAAAGAAAAGGUUGAUUUGUGUUUUAGCUGUCUUAUUGGGAAUAGAACUAUAAUAUAGUUGUAUAAUAUUCUCAGUGAUCAUUUCAAAGAUGGCUCUGUACUCUUUUGACUCUUUAAAAAUACAUUAGAUACAGGUUUUUGGGAAAAACCUUUUGGAUAAGAGGUGUUGUCCAGAAUGGAAGAACAACCUGGUAUGUAUGAAAUUUCAUCAGUUGUCCUAAAGCGUAAUGUGACUGCUGGCAUAUACUUCUGUUAAUAAAAUUUUACUUUCAAAGCCAUUGUAAA